AUGUCUUUCAUAAGAACCACUGAUCUGAUCUUAAAGCACUGAGAGAAACACAGGUAAAGAGUCAAUACAGACCAGCAAAACCAACACCGAAAGCAACUCUUUGGAGGUUUUUGGCAAGAUGAAAAAAUUACUUUUGCUGGUUCUCACCUUAACAGCUUCUGCCAGUCCACCAUUUCAGGAGGACAAGCUGCCAUUUAGAGAUCAGCCUUUUGAUGAUGUGGUGAAGGUGGAUGUUUUACCAGUGGUUAAAAAAGAACCAAUAGUACAGAACACAGAAGAAGAACAAGGUCCUCUGAUGCAGGAUGAACCUGUUGCAGAUGUGGUGGAGCCUGAUUCAGUGUUGCUGGAGCCAGAGACAACAGAGGAACACAGAGUAAGUGAAAAGACAUCAGUGAUGGUGGAGGAACCUGUGCUAAAGGCAGAUAAUCUGACACCAGAGACAGAACUAGAGCCUGAGCCGGAAAUAGUUGCCAUUCAGAUGAACGGAAACAACGUACCUGUGCAGGAACCUGUGCCAGAGGCAGAUAAUCUGACACCAGAGACACCAGAGACAGAACUGGAGCCUGAGCUGGAAAUAGAUGCCAGUCAGAUGAAAAGAGACAACGUACCUGCGGAGGAACCUGUGCUAGAGGCAGAUAGUCAGACACCAGAGACAGAACUAGAGCCUGAGCUGGAAAUAGAUGCCAGUCAGAUGAACAGAAACGUACCUGCGGAGGAACCUGUGCUAGAGGCAGAUAAUCAGACACCAGAGACAGAACUAGAGACUGAGCUGGAAAUAGAUGCCAGUCAGAUGAACAGAGACAACGUACCUGCGGAGGAACCUGUGCUAGAGGCAGAUAAUCAGACACCAGAGACAGAACUAGAGCCUGAGCUGGAAAUAGAUGCCAGUCAGAUGAACAGAAACGUACCUGCGGAGGAACUUGUGCUAGAGGCAGAUAAUCAGACACCAGAGACAGAACUAGAGACUGAGCUGGAAAUAGAUGCCAGUCAGAUGAACAGAGACAACGUACCUGCGGAGGAACCUGUGCUAGAGGCAGAUAAUCAGACACCAGAGACAGAACUAGAGCCUGAGCUGGAAAUAGAUGCCAGUCAGAUGAACAGAAACGUACCUCCGGAGGAACCUGUGCUAGAGGCAGAUAAUCUGACACCAGAGACACCAGAGACAGAACUAGAGCCUGAGCUGGAAAUACCUGUGGAAGAACCUGUGCUAGAGGCAGAUAAUCUGACUGAAGAAACACCAGAGACAGAACUAGAGCCUGAGCCGGAAAUAGUUGCCAUUGAGAUGAACGGAAACAACGUACCUGUGGAGGAUCCUGUGCUAGAGGCAGAUUAUCUGACUGAAGAAACACCAGAGACAGAACUAGAGCCUGAGCCAGAAAUAGAUGCCAUUCAGAUGAACAGAAACAACGUACCUGCGGAGGAACCUGUGCUAGAGGCAGAUUUUCAGACACCAGAGACAGAACUAGAGCCUGAGCUGGAAAUAGAUGCCAUUGAGAUGAACACAAACAACGUACCUGUGGAGGAACCUGUGCUAGAGGCAGAUUAUCUGACUGAAGAGACACCAGAGACAGAACUAGAACCUGAACUGGAAAUAGAUGCCAUUGAGAUGAACACAAACAACGAACCUGUGGAGGAACCUGUGGACGAACCUGUGGAGGAACCUGUGGAGGAACCUGUGCUAGAGGCAGAUAAUCUGACACCAGAGACACCAGAGACAGAACUAGAGCCUGAGCUGGAAAUACCUGUGGAGGAACCUGUGCUAGAGGCAGAUAAUCUGACUGAAGAAACACCAGAGACAGAACUAGAGCCUGAGCCGGAAAUAGUUGCCAUUGAGAUGAACGGAAACAACGUACCUGUGGAGGAUCCUGUGCUAGAGGCAGAUUAUCUGACUGAAGAAACACCAGAGACAGAACUAGAGCCUGAGCCAGAAAUAGAUGACAUUCAGGUGAACAGAAACAACGUACCUGCGGAGGAACCUGUGCUAGAGGCAGAUUUUCAGACACCAGAGACAGAACUAGAGCCUGAGCCGGAAAUAGAUGCCAUUGAGAUGAACACAAACAACGUACCUGUGGAGGAACCUGUGCUAGAGGCAGAUUAUCUGACUGAAGAGACACCAGAGACAGAACUAGAACCUGAACUGGAAAUAGAUGCCAUUGAGAUAAACACAAACAACCAACCUGUGGAGGAACCUGUGGAGGAACCUGUGGAGGAACCUGUGCUAGAGGCAGAUUAUCUGACUGAAGAGACACCAGAGACAGAACUAGAACCUGAACUGGAAAUAGAUGCCAUUGAGAUGAACACAAACAACCAACCUGUGGAGGAACCUGUAGUAGAGAUGGAGUCUGUAGAUGAGAUGGUGGUGGAAUCUGAAAAAGAAGAAAAUUUAUUAGAGGAGCCUACACUUGAGGGUGACUAUAUUGUGGUUGAAGAUCCAGAAGAAGUAAUGGAACCAGGGAGGGAACGAAGAAUGGCAUUAAAAACCGGGAGGUGGACUUGUAGAGGAGUUGUCCUACAGGGCAAAUGUUACCAGUUCUUCAGAAGAACCCUUGAUGCCAAUACUGCUGAGUUACAAUGUCAAAACACCUGCCCUAAAGGCCACCUGGCCUCCGUGACAAGCAGCCACAUUCGUGAAGGAAUGGGAAAACUAAUGGACCGGUAUGGCGGUCGCACUCGAGCAUGGCUUGGAGGACGGAGAACGAUUGGUACGAAUUUCAAAUGGUCGGAUGGAGCGCAGUGGAGCUAUAAUAACUGGGCUUUUGGAGAGCCCAAUAAUGCUGGUGGGAUGGAGAAUUGUGUAGAAAUACUGAGUUAUCUGUCAUUCAAUGAUGUACCAUGCAAUAUACCCAAACCAUUCAUCUGUUCCUGCCCACUUUAGACAGCCAGGAGGUUAACCUAACCUGCUAUACAGUGACUUUUAUGAAGAACGUGUAAAUAAUAAGAAUUAUUAUUGUAAUUUUUAAAAAGUAAUUUAUAAGGGUUAUUCCGUAAUCAACCUGUUUUGUUAAAUUUGCCAUGGUUUACAAAAAUAAUAAUAAUAAACUAAACAUACAUUUUAUACUCCACAACUGAUCUAUUGUCUACUUGUUUAAUUGUUUACUUGCUAAAACCAUCCUGUUGAACACAUCCUGUUGUAUUUUAUGUUUGUAAAUGAUGUAUGAUGUAAAACUGUAUUAAAUAAAUGACUUUUAUUAUG